GCUCAUCUUCCACGGCUAUAAAAGGCACCUGUACAAACCACACCUGUUGCUCACAGGGACAAGGAAGCGAGAGUGGACCUGUGUAGUAUAUAGAGCUUGGUGAGACAGCAAAGUUAAUUAGAGCCAUGGCUGUGCAAGGCAUUGUAGACUGGAGGGGAAGGCCGGUUCACCCAAAGAGGCAUGGUGGUGUCAAGGCUGCCAUGUUUAUCUACUUCCUGAUCGUGAUGACCAACAUGGGUAACAUCCCGACGAUGCUCAACAUGGUGAGCUACCUCCACGGCACGAUGCACAUGGGCAUCGCCGACGCCUCCACCACAGCCACCAACUUCUUCGGCGCGCUCUGCGUCUUCUCCUUCCUCGGCGCCUUCCUCUCCGACUCCUACCUCACCCGCUUCUACACCAUCCUCAUCUUCGCCCCCGUCGAGAUCCUCGGAUACAUGCUGCUGGCGUGCCAGGCGCACUUUCCGUCGCUGCACCCGCCACCGUGCGCCAUGGCCAACGAGAAGUACGACUGCGCGCCGGUGAGCGGCAAGAACCUGAGCCUGCUGACGCUGGGGCUGUACGUGAUCCCGGUGGGCGAGGGCGCGCUGCGGGUGUGUGCGGCGGCGCUUGGCGGCGACCAGUUCGACGGGGACGACGACCCAAGGGGCAAGACCAGCUUCUUCAACUGGUACGCCUUCUGCAUCUCGCUGGGGGGACUCGUGGGGCUCGUCUUCCUCGUGUGGGUGCAGAACAACGUGGGCUGGGACCUCGGCUUCGCGCUGCCUGCGCUCAUGGCGCUCGUCGGGAUGCUCGUCCUGCUUGCUGGCCUGCCGCUCUACCGCCACCAGGUGCCCACCGGCAGCCCCCUCACCAGGAUCCUUCAGGUGUUUGUGGCUGCUUUUAGGAAGAGGAAGCUGUCGUUGCCGGAGGAUUGGAUGGAGAUGCAUGAGAUCAGUGAUGGUACAAGCAGGAGCAUCGAAGUGCUGGACAGAACUCCAAGCUUCAAGUUCCUUGAGAAGGCGGCAGUGAACGACGGCGACGGCCGGCGGUGGUCGCUAUGCACGGUGACGCAGGUGGAGGAAGCCAAGAUGAUCCUCCGCAUGCUGCCCAUCUUCCUCAGCUCCGUUCUGGGCUACCUGCCAAUCCCGCUCCUGCUCACCUUCACGGUGCAACAAGGUGGCGCCAUGGACACCCGCAUCGGGUUCGGGAAGAACGCCAAGAUCAACAUCCCUCCGGCAAGCCUCUUCGUGGUGCCCAUCGUCUUCCAGCUCCUCAUCCUCGUCGCCUACGACCGAGCCUUCGUGCCAUGGCUGCGCCAGGCCACGGGGCACACCGGUGGAGUCACGCACCUGCAGCGUGUCGGCACCGGGUUCGCGUCCAGCGUCGUGGCGCUCGCCGUGGCUGCCGUCGUGGAGGCACGCCGCAAGAGGAUCAGUUUGUCGGAGCCAGAGACGACGUUGUCGGUGCUGUGGCUGACGCCGCAGUUCUUCCUGCUGGGCGUGAUGGAUGUGACAUCUUUCGUGGGGCUGCUCGAGUUCUUCUACAGCGAGGCGUCGGCCGGCAUGAAGUCCAUCGGCGGCGCCAUCUUCUUCUGCAUCCUCGGCGUCGCCUCCUGGCUCGGAGGUUUCCUCGUCAAGGCCGUGAACCGCACCACAGCGUCGUCGUCUCAUGGCAGCGGUCAUGGUUGGCUCGCCGGCGAUAGCCUCGACGACAGCCACCUCGACUGGUUCUACUGGCUUCUCGCCUCCUUUGGGCUUGUGUCCUUCCUGCUCUACUUGUGCUGUGCCUCCAGGUACACCUGCCGGCAUGAGCAUUCGAGUAGGAUGCUGGAGACAGUGCAGGAUGACGGGAAGGCGUUGACGGUGCUGGCCAAGAAAGCUGCGGUCUGAUGGUGGGGUACUUGUCGAAUAAGUAGAAUGGAAACACACAUGGUUUUACAUGCUGGUUUCUGAGUGUUCGAAACUCGAGUUCGACGUUUUCGCCUAGCUUGACAAACUGCGUCAAUAUAAUAACGAUGAUAUUGCCCCAAAAGAAGUAAGAAGAAAGUUACAUGGAGUUAGUAUUGAGCAACUAGAGCAGCUAGAUCAACAAACAUCAGACUGAACGAACAUUCCCCAAACGGGUGAGAAGACCAAAGCGAAAGAACCGGUUUCAUUCAAGUCUACACAUCAUCAGGGUGGCCUCAUCAAAUCAAAGAAAGAACACUACUACCCUCUUAUUCCUUGAAAAUGCUUCUAUACAUCCCUGUCACAAAGCAUAAUGUUAGCAGAACAUUCUAUCAUCA